GAUGUGUGAGGAGCCCACUGCGCCCUCAUCUGGCUCGCCUGUUGCAGGGGCCUUUCAAGUGGCUUUCAAGUCACCUGCUCCUAAUGAAUUAGACAUUUCAGCGAACUUCAGGUUUUCAGCAGUCCUCGGGCCCGUCUGAGUGUCCAUGGCUAGUGUCCUUUUGCCCCCGAGGUGAUGCAAGAAGGUGAGCAGGGAAUGAACAGAGAGACGUGCAGUCUGAGCAGCCAUCAUAACCAUAAAUGGAAAAGCAAGGAAGAUAGCGAGUGACCUAACAUCCACUGUUGACAUGGGAACUGGAGGACACCAAGGAUCAAAUGACAGAGGAGGGCUGGAGUGAUAGAACAUGUGGAUGUCCUCAAGUGAAGAGAGGAAGGAGACCAGAUGGGGCCAAAUGGCCUGGCAGAUUUAAUCAGCCUUAUUCCAUAAUUACAUAGCUGCCUUCUACAAGGACAUGGUCAACAGAGGUGUGGUCUUCAGACACCCGGACAGGACUAGACAAAACACAUUGGAAACUACACAUGUACAGUCAUUGGAAAACUUUUGGAAAAGCAGCAGACUGGCUGUCACAGAAGCAGCAGGAUCAGGAGACAGGCACACAUCUGCAUGAGCGCUGCCAAGACACUGGUGGAGCUGGAUGCAGAGCAUGCACAGAGAGUCCCUGGGGCAGAACAGGGAGGGGUCCCACCCACGCAGGUCAAGCUGAAAGAGAGGCAGAAGUUCUUUGAGGAGGCCUUCCAGCAAGACAUGGAGCAGUACCUGUCUACUGGCUACCUGCAGAUCGCUGAGAGGAGAGGGCCAAUAGGAAGUAUGUCAUCCAUGGAGGUGAACGUGGACAUGUUGGAGCAGAUGGAUUUGAUGGACAUGUCUGACCACGAAGCCCUUGAUGUGUUCCUGCACUCUGGGGGAGAGGACAACAGUGCUGCCUCACCUGGCACAGGUCCAGACGUUGAGUCUUUCACCACAGAGAUCAGUCUCCAGGUUCCCACCCAGGCUGAGCUACGCCAUAAGCUUUCUUCCCUUUCGUCCACCUGCACCGACUCAGCCAGCCAGGACACAGAGGCGGGGGAGGAGGAUGAAGAAGAAGAGGAGGAGGAGACUGAGCAAGGAGGAGGAGGUGGCGUUGGAGGAUCAGGGGGAGGAGGAAGGCGAGCAAGGGCAUCUGUGGUGGUGACAGUUGAUGAAGAGGAGGUGCCCCCCGAUACAGCUUUGGUAGACCAUGAGGACCAGACCAGCAAAGACUGUGAGGAGAGCAGGCUGAAGGUUUGAGGAGAGAUGGAUUUAAACAUAUACAUAAACAAUAUUGGCUUCCUUCUCAAAUUCCUUUCAUACUGAAGAAAGAACAUAUGAAAGAAAGUAAAUAUGUUGCACUAACUGCCACAUGGCCUUGCCUUAAAAGAACAGAGUUUUCAAUUCUAAUUAAAUCCUGUAAAAUAUCUUUGAGUUCCCUUUAGCAUAAUAGCACUGAAUGGUUUAACAUGCACAUAAAUAGUUUGACAUUAAUUAGAGGAUGCUCUAAUAUUCUCUUUCGGUGUUAGUGCAUGCUGAGACCAGGAGAGGCCUGUUACUAAUAAGUGAUGGGGACAUAGAGAAGCAUACACUAAAAUCAUCCAUGUGUCUCUCUGCAGUUUUUCACGCUCUGUGCUAACACUUGAGCAUUCACUCUGCUGACAGACUGCAGCUGAUGAGCAUUAAUGUGUGUUGAACGUUGGUGAAACCUUUGCAGGAUAAAAAUAUAUUUGUACCAAAUACUUGCCAAUUGUAAAAGGCUAUCAUCAGAUCUGUCAGGUUUAUGACAUUUUAUUUUUAAAUCACUAAAAGUAAGUCUUCUUUUUGUUUGUAUGUAUGUAUCACAUGGGGGGGGGGGUCAUCUCACUGACCUCUCGUGGUAUCUAGCCAUGGUUUUCUUUGCUCAGGUAGUGACUUUUGUGUUGAAAAAUGACAAUUAUUUUAAUGGCAACUUGUCUUUUGAGAAAUCCUUCCUGGUUAAGCUUAAAAAGUCACAUACCUCUCUGUCAACAGUUGUCACAGGAAUUUUGCUUUGAUAUCUCAAAAGCUGGGCAUAUACAUCCUAGCACAAACCUUUUAAAAAAGCAAAUGCUAAAUUCUUAGCACAGAGCACUUGACAAAUGAUCUACAAGAGGCACAUGGAUGAAUUUUCAUGUCUUUAUAGAUAAGCUGAGGCCCAAAAGCUAGUUGUAUUUCUUUAACUAGUUUAUAAGCUAGAUUCUGCAAUAUUUUAAGCGUAAACAACCAAUUAGAAAAUACUUUUGUGCCAAACAUGACAUAAUAACUGGCAGUCAGCUGGAAGUGGGUUAUAUACUGCAAAGCUGACAGACUUGUGGAGUUCAGGUACCAGGGUAUCAAUGAUUUAACACACACAAAUACACACAUUAAGGAGAUUUACCCAUUGCCAUUCCUUUAAUCAAUACUACUUGGGUGAACUUCUCCUUUUGAACGAGGACCAAAUCCCUGUUUGGACUGUGCGCUAUGCGCUGGACGACACCCAGAAGGUUUAAAUGUAUCCAGAUUUUUUUGUACAGAAAUGUUGACAUUUGUGCAAUGUGACAGCAUUAAUCCUUCCUUUCUUUUCCCCUGCCUACAAUUUCUGACUUGUUGGUAAUAAAUGUUUCUCCCCUA